CCGCCACGAUGCCGACGACGACGCCGGUGCAGCCUCACGUCCUCCUCGUGGCCACCCCGUUCCAGAGCCACGUCAACCCCCUCAUGCGCCUCGGCCGCCGCCUCGCCGCCAAGGGCGUGCUGGUCACCUUCACCACCGCUCUCCGCGCAGGCAUCCGCCUCGACGAGGUCUCCGGCGUCGACGGGUUCCGCGUCGAGCGCCUGCGCGGCGGCGACCUGUGGGAACCCGACGAUCCCCGGUUCGUCGACGCCAGCGACAUGGCGCGCCACCUGUCGGCCGCCGGACCGGCGGCGCUGGAGGCGCUAAUCCGCCGGGAGGCGGCGGCCGGGCGGCCGGUGACGUGCGUGGUGGCCAACGCCUUCGUCCCGUGGGCGCUCCCCGUGGCCGCCGACAUGGGCCUCCCGCGCGCCAUGCUGUGGAUCCAGUCCUGCGCCCUGCUCUCCGUGUACUACCACUACCUGCACGCGCUCGCACCCUUCCCCGACACGGACGACGCGUCCGGCUCGGUGGCCAUCCCCGGGCUCCCCGACCUGGCGAUCGACGAGCUCCGUCCCCUCCUGAUCUACACCUCCAGCCAAGACAUGUGGCGCCAGAUGGUCGUCACGGACCUCGGCAGCGUCCGAGAGAAGGUGUCAUGGCUUCUCGUCAACACCUUCGACGCGCUGGAGCACGAGGCCAUCGCGGCGCUCAGCGGGCACGUGCCGGUCAUACCCGUCGGCCCGCUCCUCGAGCCGGAAACCGCCGAGGCCGACGGCUGCGUCGCGUGGCUCGACGCGCAGCCGCCGCGGUCGGUGGUGCUGGUCGCGUUCGGGAGCCUCGUGAAGACCGGCGACGAGGAGACGGCCGAGAUAGCGGAGGCGCUGGCCGGCGCCGACCGCCCGUUCCUGUGGGUGCUGCGCGACGAGAACCGCGCGCUGCUCUCCAAGGACACCCUCGCGGCGGCCACCUCCCGCGGCAGAGGCAGGGUCGUGCCGUGGUGCAGGCAGGCGCGGGUGCUCGCGCACGGCGCGGUCGGGUGCUUCGUGACGCACUGCGGCUGGAACUCCACCACGGAGGCGCUCGCCGCGGGCGUGCCGGUCGUCGCGUGCACGAGGUGGUCCGACCAGCGCAUCAACGCCAAGUUCCUCGUGGACGUGUACCGGGUCGGCGUCCGUAGCCUGACGCCGGUGACAAGGGAGUCGCUCCGUCUGUCCAUCGAGGAGGUCAUGGGCGGGCCGGAGGCCGAGGGGUUCGGACUACGAGCGGCCAGCUUGAAGAAGAGGGCUCGUGCGGCGUUGGCCGACGGCGGCUCGUCGGAUAACGGCGUCCAGGCUUUUGUUGAUCAGAUAAGUGAACUAGCUAGGUCCGGGGGUGGUUGACUAGGUCGAGCCAUACUGCGACUUUGAAGUUGACUAGGCUGGCCUUGUGGGCAUGACGAGUAAAAAUAAUCUAUGGUGUGACAAUGGACGGUUUGGACUUUUUCAUAAGGAAAUGGAUGAUUUAGGUUGGCCUU